AUCUAAUCAUUUAACGACCAUGCAUAUGAUCUUUCGAGUCAAGUGGUCUUCGACUGUAAGAGACAUUUCUUUGGGUACGCAGAUCAUUGAUGAGAGUUACUCUUUGGGUAAAUCUCUCACGAACCAGCAGAUUGUGCAAUUUGCGUCAAAGGGUUCCGAGCUAAACGCAAUCAAUGUAGUAUUGACGGCAGCCGAUGUGGCUGUGGAAGGGUUCUGCUCCAGCAGGUGUGGGACUCAUGGGUCUGCAAUGGGGUCUACCAAGCGAUCCAAGUUUGCUUACAUCUGGGUCGGUAACUCGGAGACCCAGUGCCCAGGUCAAUGCGCCUGGCCAUUCCAUCAGCCCAUCUACGGACCACAGAACCCUCCUUUGGUUGCACCAAAUAACGAUGUCGGUCUUGACGGUGUGGUGAUAAAUUUGGCGGGACUCUUGGCCGGAACCGCCACAAACCCCUUCGGCAAUGGGUUCUAUCAAGGACCAAAGGAAGCGCCACUGGAGGCUGCAUCCGCUUGUCCUGGUAUCUACGGAAAAGGGGCCUACCCUGGUUACGCCGGAGAUCUCUUGGUGGACGGUACAACCGGCGCCAGUUACAAUGCCAAUGGCGUGAAUGGGAGGAAGUACUUGCUCCCUGCUUUGUUCGAUCCUACCACUUCCACUUGUUCCCCUCUUGUCUAAAGAGGAAGCUCAAAACUCAAAUCAACAUUCGAAAGGGAAACCGAUAGUAUUGUACAAAAUAUUAUGUAGGAGAUUCUUUGAUUUUUGUAGCACGGUUGAAUAAUGAAAUUGCAGAAGUAUUUUUUUCCAAUUAUUAGUCCCCUUGUGCAUUAAGAAUUUUCA